AUGGGUCUACCAGUGGCCGAAUGGGAUGCUGUGGUCGUACCGAUAAUAGUUUCGAAACUUCCGAUAACUACACAGCGCGAGUGGAACAUGAGCUGUUCACCCACCGAAAUUCCGAGCCUCGAUGAGCUGCUUACGUUUUUGGGUCAGCGGGCUCAUAGCCUCAGCACAACAGUUGUCACAUGGACCAAUGGGGUUGAAUUUACGUCCAAGAGUCAUCAACGCGCUGGUGGUCCGUCAAGAGCUGUUAGAUCACACGUCGUAUCUGCAGGGGAGGGUAAAUGCACAUACUGCCAAGGUGCACAUCGUAUUAUGAAAUGCGCACGCUUUCUUGGGAUGAAAUACGAAGACAGAAUUACUGCUGCAAAGGCUACAAAGCUUUGUUUUAACUGCCUAAAGCAAGGUCAUUCAGCAAGACAAUGUCCGUCGGGGAACUGCCGUCACUGUGGUCGUAAGCACAACUCAUUACUUUGCCGCGAAUCAUUAUCUAAGAAUCCAUCAGAGUCAGUGUCAACGUGUCCGGAAGGAGCCGUCACUGCUAUUGCAUCCAGAAAUUCGAAUCUCUGA